AUGGCAGGCGCAGAAGGCUCGAAGGUGAAUGUCGUUUCUAUACCGUUUCUUCCUGCUGUUAUGACGAGUCCGAUCAUCCCAUCAAAACUGAGGACAUCCAGUCCGGAAUGGCUUGAGCAUGUCAUGUCUUUACCAUCGUCAAGCUCGACCGCUAAGCUCAUCGAAUCUCUCGAGCAAUACGACGAUGUGACAGCUUGGAUAAAUGAUUCGCUAAACGCGCAAGAAAAUGUCGACAACCUGAACACGCCGAGCAAUGCAGACCUCACCAAGCUCGACCAAUACAUCACCCAGUUGGUAUCGACUCUCGACAUCGCUUGUGAAGACACGUCGGCCCAGCUGGAACGGAUUAUCGACGAUGUUUCGCGUGGAAUUCCUCGACUCGCGUACGAUGUUCACUUCAUGAAGGAUGGGGCCUUAUCGCUGCAAUCCUCAUUGGUCGAAGUGUUGAAGAAAUCGAAGGAUGUCGUUCCUCCAGACACAAGUGCCGCAUUGGACAACUUACACCAGUUGGAUACCAUCAAGAACCGUAUGGAAUCUGCGAGGGAGGUCCUGCAGGAAGCUGAAAGCUGGAGCACGCUGGAGAUGGAGGUCACCACGCUCAUCGGGGAACGCAGCUACGCCAAAGCUGCAGAGCGACUUUCAGAAGCGAGCAAGAGUAUGGUUGUGUUCCAAAACACCCCAGAAUACGAUCCUCGACGCGCCCUCAUGGUCAACCUCCAGAACCAGCUGGAGGCGUCGCUGAGCUCUGCCUUGGUUGCUGCCAUCAACUCGCAGGAUGUCGCCGCCUGCAAAGACUAUUUCUCCAUCUUCUCCGUCAUCCAACGCGAAUCAGAAUUCAGGAACUACUACAACGCAGCAAGAAGAACGACCAUCGUCACUUUGUGGCAGAAUGCGAAUCUUUCCGACAGCGAUAAUAAUGACAAGUCCGCGACUGGGCCUCGGCAAUCGUUUGCGGAAUUUCUGCCCAAGUUCUACUCGUCGUUCCUCGCGUUGUUGAACGCUGAGCGCAACCCCAUAUCGUCCAUCUUCCCCGAUCCACCAGCCACCCUCGCACAUUUCCUCUCAUCGACUAUGUCGGCCCUCCAACCCACCUUCUCUCACCGACUCUCCUCGUUUACCAACUAUCAUGGGGAGGCGUGCCUCUCGCAAUUGGUGACGGUCCUCAAGGCCACUGAAGACUUUGCCACAGGAGUGUGGAAAGUUAUGGAGAAGCUUCAGGACAGUGACACUGCGAGACCGAAGCAGCUCAGUCCUUCAGAACGGCCAUCUGGCCACCGACGGCGGUCCAGUCGUAUGUCCAUCUCUUGGCGUCCCGGUCAACCACGCCCUGCAUCACUUACCCUUGGGGGAGGCUCAAGUACAUCGGAGAGCACAGAAUGGGAUCAGGAGCUGUUCCAACCCUUCUUGGACCUCCAGGUUGACUACUCGUCCCUUGAGCGCAGGUUCCUGGACCACUCGCUCCUCGAGAUCAUCUCCUCUGAUACGAGGGAUAACAUCCAGGACUUGGAGCGUGCAAGGUUGUUCAGGGAGAGGGCGGUGGAUAUUGUCGGAAUUGCCGAAGGGAGCAUGGUGCGAUGUAAAUCAUUCACGCAUGGAUACGGUUCGGCGGGCCUGGUCCAAGCGCUGGAUGGUUUCUUUGCCUCCUUCGUGGACAGUUGGACGGCAGAGUUGGGGAGCCAACCGUCGAGCUCCCAAAACUAUGCACCAUCGUCCUCGGAGCUGGAUCUGGCCGAUCUUGACUACUCUGCAAAAGAUUGGUCCGCCAUCCAGCUCAUGCUACACAUGUUAGGCUCAGCGAGAACGGUAUCGGAUCGCGUUACCACCUUCGAAACGAAACUGAGGUCGUUCUUAACCCAAAUUUCAUCACAUUUCCGAAUGGCACAGGCAGACCCUCAGAACUUCACGAUCGCGGCGACGAAGGGCGAAACACAGCUACUCGAGCAGUCAACACUUAAUUCAGCAGAGCUGUUCUCUCUCCUUUCGAGUGUGGACGAAACACACCCACCUACCACGGCCUUGAUUACUCCGCACUCGAGCUCCUUCCGCCAGUCAACAUUCCAACAACCGCCUACACCAGAGCCUCUCUUGACGGAGACGCGGAGCUCGUUGUCUACCUUUGCCAAGACGUGCCAGGUCUCAAUGCAAUCGACGAUCCUCUCUCCCCUCCGCCUUCACCUCUCUACGUACCCGUCGCUCGCCAUAUGGUCGUCGAGGGAGGACCCCCAAAGUGCCUUAGCUGCCGACCUCAACAUCCCAACCUUCUCGCUCUCCCCCAGUGACUCUAUGCAGCGAGUCGCAGAGGGUCUCUUGAACCUGCCUCGUCUCUUUGAGGUGUAUGCAGAUGAUGACGCACUGGGUUUCUCGUUGCAAACUCUCCCCUAUGUGGACCCGGAGAUGUUGAAAGCUUCAGAACAGCAGCAUCCGGAAGCUUCGAGUCAGCCCGGCGGUGGUCACCAUCGCCGCACUUCAGUCGCAUUCGUCAAGCCAACACCUUUGGACCCCGAGGUCAUUUCCUCCGCCUGGCUCAUUUCCCUGGGUCACACCUUCGUGGCGCAUCUGACCAAAGACGUCCUGCCCUCGAUCUCGUCACUGACGUCGGCGGGAGCUGCACAGCUGGCAUCGGAUUUGGAGUAUCUUACGAAUAUCGUAAGGGCGCUGAACGUGGAGAACGAUGUGUUGGAGAAAUGGAGAGUUGCGGUGAGCGCUGAGGAGAAGGAUGUUAGGAGAGGUAUUCAGCAAUCUUCUGCUGAUGCUAUUUUGCUUAGAGUUGCCAAAGCUCGAGGAUGGUAUUAA